AUGCCUCCUUCCACCCCAGACUCCAGCGAAGCCCACUUACCUACUCACUCACCGCGCCUGGUGGAGGACUACGAGCCGGGAUAUCCUCGGUUCACCGCGCUGCUUUCCUCGCACGAGCCUUUUCUCAUCUUCCGACGGUUUGCCCGGCUCCGAGCGCGGCUCCUCCUUUUAAAGCAGGACAGACUUACUCUCCUUGAAGAGAGACUAGAUGGGAUCGACAAGCUGGAGACUGAUCUUCUCUUUCUGGGCAACAGCCGAAACGACCGAAACGUGCAAAGAAGAUCUCUCAUCUCCGACAUCGAAGCCAGUCUGGCCGACUACGAUGACCUCGCUGAGAGGACUCACAAGAUGUUGAGUUUGCCUUCUGCCGAGCAAAGAGACGUGGAGAGCUUGCAGAUGUGGUUAGACGGAAACCGCUGCCUGGCCAGGAAAGAGACAGCAUAUCUGGCCCAGGACAAGGAACUGGUUUCUCUUGCACCAGUCACGGACAGGGGAAUAAUGCAACUCGAAGCUUGGGUUGAAGAUAUGUUGAUCCGUUUCUACCGCGGCUUUCGAAACAGCCUCUCUCACGACCUCUCUACUGAUGCCUGCGUAUAUCUUUAUUCCGGAAAACUGGUCCCACGAGCUGCUAAAGCCCUCUUAUUCCUCUUGAUAGUGCUUCCUUUGCUAAUGCCUGUCAUCCUGUGCAACACCACCACUCGCAUCUCCAUUCGACUCAUCAUCAUCAUGACGUCCAUGCUUGUAUACCUUUUGAUUGCAUCUGGUCUGACAAAAUCGAAGACAAUGGAAUUGAUAACCGCGACUGCAACAUACACUACUAUUCUCAGCGUAUUGGUCUCUUUGCCGGUAAAUUCCAAAGCUGCCGACUAG